GGCGCAGGAGCGGCGGCAGCGGUUGUGGACGCGGCUCCGGCUCCGACCCCGACCCCAACCCCGUCCGUCCGUCCGUCCGUCCGUCCGUAGCGCGGCAGCAUGGCUGACCAACUGACUGAAGAGCAGAUUGCAGAAUUCAAAGAAGCCUUUUCACUAUUUGAUAAGGAUGGUGAUGGGACUAUAACAACUAAGGAGUUGGGAACAGUAAUGAGGUCUCUGGGUCAGAAUCCCACGGAAGCCGAGUUACAGGACAUGAUUAAUGAAGUAGAUGCUGACGGUAAUGGCACAAUUGACUUCCCAGAAUUUCUGACUAUGAUGGCAAGAAAAAUGAAAGAUACAGAUAGUGAAGAGGAAAUUAGAGAAGCAUUCCGUGUGUUUGAUAAGGAUGGCAAUGGCUAUAUAAGUGCAGCUGAACUUCGCAAUGUGAUGACAAACCUGGGAGAGAAGUUAACAGAUGAGGAGGUUGAUGAAAUGAUCAGGGAAGCAGAUAUUGAUGGUGAUGGUCAAGUAAACUAUGAAGAGUUUGUACAGAUGAUGACAGCAAAGUGAAGACAUUGUACAGAAUGUGUUAAAUUUCUUGUACAAAAUUGUUUAUUUGCCUUUUCUUUGUUUGUAACUUAUCUGUAAAAGGUUACCCCCUACUGUCAAAGAGAUAUGCAUGUAUAGUAAUUAGGACUUCAUUCCUCCAUGUUUUCUUCCCUUCUGUCAUCAUCCUGAAACCAUAUUUUAGGAAAUUGAUCAAGUUAACAUGUUGCAUGUGGCUUUCUCUGGAUAUAUCCAAGCCCUUCUGCACAUCUACACUUAGACAAAGAUGAUGAAAUGAGGGAACAUCUGGUCAGGUCUUUAAAGUAGUUUUCGUUAGGAAUUGUCAGCAUGUUGUUGAAGUGUGGAAUUUGAUCUGCGUGAUCUAUGGACAGUCAUACAAUAUGUUCUUAAAAGUUGCACUAUUGCAAAACGGGUGUGUGUGUUAUCCAGGUACUCUUACACUAUUUUUUGUACUGCUGGUCCUGCACCAGAAACAUUUUCUUUUAUUGUUCCUUGCUUUUUAAACUUUGUUUUAGCCACUUAAAGUCCGCUUAUGGCACAAUUUGCCUCAUCCAUUCCAAGUUGUAUAUUUGUUUUCCAAUAAAAAAAAACUACAACUUACAAAAAAAAAAUUAAA